AUGGGCCUCGUAGACUACUCCGACUCGGAAUCCGACAGCGAGGCGCCGCAGCCAAACGCGAAGAAGCCGUUCCAGAAGAUCGUCGACCGAUCGCAUCCAGGCAAGAUUCUCGUCAGCCUACCGCAGACCGCCGCCGCAGACGAGCCGGCGGGGAGCGAGGAGCCGGCAGCGAAGCGCAUAAAAGUAGGAGGAAACCGAUUCAGCGGCUUCGGCUCCUUUCUACCGCCUCCCAAGGCCGCGGGGAAACCUCCACCUGCGCAGGGCAUUGGUGGUGGCAAAGCGGCACCCCGGAUUGGCGUGCACCUGAAGACGAGCUCGGAGGCUGCCUUUAGCAGAGAUCUAGGCGGAGGCGAAGACGAAGAGGAUGGCGCGCAGUCGAAUGGGUCCGGUUUGAGCCUGCCACCGCCAAAAGCGCAAGCUCAGCCGUCGAUACCUGCGGACCAGAAGCCAGAGGAAGAGGUGAAGCUCGUGGGCAAGCCGUUGAUGUUCAAGCCGCUGUCGGUGGCGCGGAAACCGGGGAAGAAGACCGCAGCGAAGGCGGGAGUAGGGAAGACAGCCACUGCGCAACAGAGUCGGACUUCAACACCAAUUGCGGCUCCUAAGGAGGAAGUGAAGGAACCGCCAGCGAAGAGGAAGAAGGUGUCUCUCUUCUCGAUAUCAGACGAGCCGCCUACAGCAAGCACACCUGUCGUAGACGAAACAAGCUACGAGCCUCUAUAUGAUGGCUAUGACGACGGCGCAAACGGCGUCGCCGACGACCUCGACAACUAUCAGUACGACCAAGCACCGCCCUCCACAUCGUAUCAUCCCACCACCACCACAUCCGGCGCGGAGUCCCUCGACACCAUAGCCGACGACCUGAACCUGUCGGCCGCGGCGCGGCGCGAGCUCUUCGGGCGGGGCCGCAGCGGCGCCGGCGCGUCGGCGUCCAAGGUGGUCAACUUCAACAUGGACCGCGAGUACCAGCACAACGAGGAGCUGCGGGCCGCCGGCGAGCAGCAGACGUACAACCCGGUGCGCGCCAUCGCCCCGGGCAAGCACAACCUGCGGCAGCUCGUCAACGCGGUGCAGAACCAGCGCGAGGCGCUCGAGGAGAACUUUGCCAAGAACAGGGAGACCAAGAACCAGGCGGCCGGGCGCUAUGGGUGGAGGUGA